AUGCCAUCAGUCGGGUCGCCUUACUUGUUGGGUGUUGGAAAGUCAUGCCUGCUACUUCAGUUCACCGACAAACGGUUCCAACCUGUGCACGAUCUGACAAUCGGCGUAGAAUUCGGUGCACGCAUGAUCAACAUCGGUGGGAAGCAAAUCAAGCUUCAAAUUUGGGAUACUGCUGGACAAGAGUCAUUCCGUUCAAUCACUCGAUCCUACUAUCGAGGAGCUGCGGGUGCCCUUCUGGUCUAUGACAUCACUCGACGAGAGACGUUCACGCAUCUCACUUCCUGGCUUGAAGACGCUCGGCAGCACUCCAGUUCAAAUAUGGUUAUCAUGUUAAUUGGUAACAAGAGUGAUCUGGAAAGUCGCCGUGAUGUGCAAAAAGAAGAAGGCGAAGCGUUUGCUCGUGAGCAUGGCCUGAUUUUCAUGGAGACAUCUGCCAAGACUGCAGCCAACGUGGAAGAGGCCUUCAUUGAUACGGCCAAGUGCAUUCAUGAGAAAAUACAAGAAGGUGUUUUGGAUGUGAACAAUGAUGCCAAUGGAAUUAAGCUUGGUCCUCACCACAAUCCCGCGGGUGGUGCCCAUGGUCCAGCUUCGUCGGGUGGCAGUGGUAGCAGCGGUGGUUGUUGUUAGGCCCUUUGUGACGGGCCUCCUGACAGCUCCACACGUGAUCUGCUGUGCACUUGGGUGCGCACUUAUUGUGCGUCUGCAUCGUCUUCGCCUGAUACAUUGAGAGAACGGUGCCUCUGUUUAUCUUCAAUGGCCCUCGCAUAACUCCUCCAGUACCUCCACACACCCACACACAUUCACAUUCUUGAAACAGGCCCACACGAUUGCAGAAAACUGAUUUAUCCUUACCUGUUGUCCAAAUCGCCCAUGAGCAUUCGUCCCUUUUUGUUCUCAUCUGUCUGUUUUUUUACCACUCCUGGCAUCGAACACUAAUUUCGUGUGAUUCACCUUGAUUUGGUCGCGUGUUUGGUCCACUUGUGGUUGACAGUGCCACAACAUUCCAUGUCUUGUCCAAUUCUAAUGGUUCAUAAAUCUGCUGUUUUUGUUGUUGAAUUUCAACGUCACUGUGCGUCACCGUCAUGCGUUCCUCUAUGUUUGGUACUUGUUCAUCCAGGUGGUUUAGUUCAACCCCCGUGUGUUUUUCCCAUCACGUGAGCACACAUAGGUAUAACUGACCUCGGCAUUUCGCUUCUCACCAAUUGGCAUCAGGUGCGCUCAUCUUAUCACUUCUAGCUUUUGAUCGGUUCCCCAUUUUCCUGUGUUGGUCAUGGACUUGAAAUUGUCGUGUUUCUGGCUCUCCGGAUUCAUUUUGUGAUUGCCCCCCAUUCUAAUGGGGCGUGCUUGCUGUCUCGUAGACUGAUAUAUCUAACUGUGUACACAUCAGACCCGUCUUGUCCCUCAUUGUUUUUUACAUUUGCAUUGUGUCGCCUAAGUGAUAAAUACACACGGGUUCGAACACACA